CCCUUUAACUAGUGCCGUUAAUGCAUGUUUGGGCAGGUUAAGGUGCCUGUUAUUGUGGUAGGUUGCAUGCUGGAUAAGAGGGAUGAUCAACAUCCUGUUAGUUUGGAGCAGGUUAUGUCACCGAUAAUGCAACAGUUUCGUGAGAUUGAAACUUGUAUUGAAUGUUCUGCACUAAACCAUAUUCAGAUUCCUGAGGUUUUCUACUAUGCACAAAAAGCUGUGCUUCAUCCGACUGCUCCAUUGUUUGAUCAGGAACAACAAGUUUUGAGGCCACGCCGUGUGAGGGCUUUGAAAAGGAUAUUUAUUCUUUGUGACCACGACAGAGAUGGUGCUCUCUGUGAUGCAGAGUUGAAUGAUUUUCAGGUGAAGUGUUUCAAUGCUCCACUACAACCAUCUGAAAUAGUAGGUAUUAAGAGAGUUGUGCAAGAGAAGUUGAGGGAAGGUGUUGAUGAUCGUGGUCUUACAUUGACAGGUUUCCUCUUUCUCCAUGCACUUUUUAUUGAGAAGGGGCGUUUAGAGACAACGUGGACAGUACUACGGAAAUUUGGGUAUAACAAUGAAAUCAGACUCCGCGAUGAUCAGCUGCCUCUACCAAUAAAGAGAUAUCCUGACCAGGCAAGUUGCCUUUUGGAUGAACUUGAAUAUUAGCAUGGACAAUUUGAAUAUACCAUGCGUAGAAAAUGUCUUCCUAUUUAUUUUAAUCCAUUCUGCUUAUUCUUAUUAAAUCUUUUCAAGUUGUAUGCCAAUGUCACUUUGUGAGUGCUACUUUUUAAGAUCAUUUAUGCCAAAACUGUCAUAAAUUUCUUCUUUUAAUUUAACUAAGUUGAUGUCUAUCUCAAAUGUAUGAUUUGAUGCAUUCAUGAAAAUCU